AUGUCUGGGGAGGUUCGCUUCACCAACGAAAACGAGGCGGCCUUCGCCCUUUUGCGGAAGGGCUGCCGCCACUGCUCGGGCCGCAUUCCUGGCGGAGGAGAGGCCCUGAGGCAGGUUCCUGCAGAGCAGCAGGCCAUUGUUGUGGCCUUCCUAACGCGCAUUGCAGAGAUCCGGCGAGGGGCAUCGCGGCGUGUGCAGGAGCUGGGAGCCAUUUUGGCCAAGGCGUCACCUUCCUGGCAGGAGCUCCUGGUGUGCUCAGAAGCUUUGGGCGGACCGGACGGGCUCCUGGCCGAGGAUCUCAAGGCCCUGGGUGUCCCUGCGACAACUGCAGUUUACUGCUUUCAUGCGCUUGCCAGGUUGGAGCAUGAAGCCAGAGUCUUCCUUCGCGAGAACAAGUCACAGAGGUACCUGUCCAUAAUCAGCUCUUCAACGGAUGUUGGCAUCAUGAUGACAGAGCUACCCGUCUCGCUUUUUGUGUGCCACUUUCUCGACAAAGGCCUGGCAGAGGCCUGCAGCUCCUCGUUCAGCACAGAGGUCUCAGAGGAGACGGAGAUUCCUUCGCAGUGGUCCAAGUCAAGGCUAGCUGAACUCGAAGGUGUUCUGGAAUUUGGACUGGCGCACGAGGGAGUCCCGUCCUGUGGCCGCUUUCUGGGCUCCAGGAGGCGCUGGACAGAAGUGGAGCUUUGCUGCUCUAGCCGCAGCUUCGGGAGACGUGAGCGCUGGAGCAACGCGGCCAUGGAUCAGGAUCGGGUGCCUUGCAGCAUCAAUCCACUGGUAUGUGGCUAUAUGUGGACCCACGGUCAGCUUGAGCUCGCAAGAGCACAGUGCUUGGGAGGCCUGGCAUUGAAUUCGCUUCGUCACUCGCUCCGCGUCAUUCGCUCGGCCAGCAAAUCUGCCGGCAAGGCAAAAGCACAGGGGCCUCAGAAGUGGUCGAUCAACCUUUGGGUGGGAAGUCCCAGCCUGGGAGUAGGGGGGAUCUACGAGAGUUUCUUCAAGCGCCCCAGUCUUGCCUGCCACAUGACGCUUGGAGGACAGCCGGGGGACCAAACAUUGAUGUCACUGAUUGAAGCUAUCGGUGGCUACCGAGGCAUCACUUUUGAUCGUUUUGAGUCUGUUGCACCAGGUACAGGCUACGGCACAAGAAGCCAUGGCUUCUGCAGGAAGUUGAAGCCUCUCAAAAAGAAGUGGUUUCCACCCGAAGCACCAGAACCUGUGCAAGCGCCGAGAAAGACGAGUAGAGACCGCUCCCCUCGCCAAACCUCUCCAGCAGCACGUGCUGCAGCAGCUGGAGUCGUAGGCGGGGCAGCUGCCGUAGCGGCAGUGCACCAUCGCCGCAGACCUCCGCCCUCGAACUCACCGUGGGAGCAACCAGCAAAUGAAGCCCGCCAGGAACAGGCGAAGGCAAACACUGAGCAACCGCAGGUCCCCUUCACAGCGCCUGCUGCACCUGCGCAAAGGCGCGUGCCCCCGCGUCCUGUUCGUGUUCCGCCGCCUCGUCCUGAAGAGGUGGAGGGUGACGAAUUGGCGCCUACUCCAAAGGCCCCAGUGCCUCCGGCACUACGGGCGCGAAAGAAGAAGGAGCUGGAGGAGGAAGAUCCGUUUGAACCCAGACCUGGCCUUGUCAUUGAAGCAAAGUCAAAGCCGGCACCUCCGUCCCCUGACCAAGUCGGUACAUUUGAGGAUGACGAACCAGACGAAGAGAAAAUGAUGCCACCAGAGGCCAAGAGCAUUCUGAAGAACGAGCUCAGCAAAGAAGGGAUCGAGAAGGCUUACGAAAAGGAGCGCCGGGAGUCCUUGCCCAAGGAGGUUCCAGGCAGCAUUCCUCAGGGCCCCUUCUGGCCACCUCCAAGAACUGCUCCUGCAAUGCAGCCCAUCCCCCCCCGCCCAGGCGAUACAAAUUACAAUUACGGCUGGGUCCCCCCUGAGGAAAAAGAACCCUUCAGCCCGCCAUGGCCUGGGGGAGCGCCAGCAGUUGCCGUGGACCGUGCUGAGGCUGUGGUCGAGGAGGUGAAUGAUGAAGCCAACGCAGUCCUCAAGACAGCGGAGGAUACACUCAUAAACACCACGGCAGCUCUGGGCCUUUCCGAGGAGAAGAAGAUGGAGGAAUUAAGGGACGAGGCUGCCAUGGAUGUGACGAGCUCCUGA